UUUUGUCAACAAAAUAAAAAGUGCUACCAUAGUGGUGAUUUGUUUUGUUGGGAUCCCAUUGUUCCACAACAGUUAAAAGUUGAAGUUUGGUCCCUCAUUCCUCAUCCCUUGGCCUCCAAUUCUCCGUACACCGUAUACCUAAACCACCCACAACCACAAUGCAUCACAAUAUCACAUUCUUCACACACUCGUAAAAAUCAUUCUCCUUCUUCGUUUUUCCAUACCAAGAUACAAGAACAAAGAAAGAUGGUCCCGUUUCGGAGAUUCUACGGCUUCGAGCGCUGGCUGGACCACCACGCUGCCCACUCUCCGAUGGAGUUGAACGCUGCCAGAUCCAAAACGGAGCGGAAAUCAACGGAAGCGUGCAAGAGUCACAGGGAAGCUGAGAGGAGACGCAGGCAGAGAAUCAACUCUCACCUCUCCACCUUACGUUCCCUCCUUCCUAACGCCGCCAAGUCGGACAAGGCGUCGUUGCUGGGGGAAGUGGUGGAGCACGUGAAGCGGCUGAGGAAGCAGGCCGAUGACGUGGCGCGCGGGGACUCGUCGUCCUCCUCGAGAAGCGCUCAGCCGGGUUCGGUCCGGUCGGAGGCGUGGCCGUUUCCGGGAGAGUGCGACGAGGCGACGGUGAGUUUCUGCGACGGCGGCGAACCGAAACGGGUGAAGGCGACGGUGUGCUGCGAGGACCGGGCCGGUCUGAACCGGGAUGUGGGGCAGGUGAUCCGGUCGGUUCGGGCAAAACCGGUUCGCGCGGAGACGAUGACGGUUGGGGGAAGAACGAAGAGUGUUGUGGUGGUGGAGUGGGAAAAGGAAGAGGAGGUUGGGGCGCUGGAACGGGCUUUGAGGGCUGUGGUGGAGAAUCGGGCUUUGGUGGGCUUUGGAAUGGGCCAAGUCUUUGUGGGCCAGAAACGGGGUAGGGAUUGUUGUGAGGUCGACUCUGACUUCUUGCUGAGGAAUGGGAGCUUCUGCUAAUUCUACUAACUAGAACAGUGCCUGUGCAAAAAACAAAAAAAAAAAAAGGAAACAACCCAGCAGAGUCUAUUUCCACGUGUCAUUUAUUCCUUAAAAAAAAAGUAAAAUACAAAGAGAGAGAAAACUUAGUAUUGCAUAGAAUGAAGACACGUGGGAGUUCAGAAUGGUGGCUUGAUAGUUAUUAUAAUACUAUUAUUAUUGAUUAGUUUCCUUUUUUGGUAAAAGAAAUAAUUACAUGUUUGGUUA